CUAGCCUGUUGCAGUAGCGCGGGAGAGCAGGAAAAUGAGUGACUAGAGAUAGGCCAUGGAGAUCUUUACUGUGAACAAUGGCAGCAGGGAAGUGAACAGCAUGGAUGGUGGAACGGAGGUAAUCUGAGAUUAAAAAAUUCAUUACAACUGAAAAAUUUAAAACAUAACAGCAAUGACAGUCUUCUGCAAGCUACAGCCAGCACUGUCCGUUCUGCUUUCUGCAAGCCAAAUCCCUCUUUACUUUGCGCAGACACACCCACAUCCUUACAUAGCAACGACAGCUACCCCACCCGAUGAUCUCAGGUGCUCUUAAUAUCAGAGGAAAAAGAAUUGCUACCAAGUGUACCAUGGCGUGGUGGAAGGGCUGGCGUGAUGAAGAUGGCAGCUCAGUGAGAGGUGCUCUGAGCUUUGACCCCACACCCGAUGCCCAAGUUCUGUAUAAAGCCAUGAAAGGACUGGGGACGGAUGAACAGGCUAUAAUUGACGUCCUCACCAAAAGGAGUAAUGCACAGCGUCAUCAGAUUGCCAGAUCAUUCAAGGAACAGUUUGGAAAGGAUCUUAUUGCCAGCUUGAAAUCUGAACUGAGUGGCAAGUUUGAGAGGCUCAUCGUUGCCCUUAUGUACUCACCAUUCAAAUACGACGCCAAGGAAUUACAUGAUGCCCUGAAGGGUCUAGGAACAAGCGAAGGUGUCAUUAUAGAGAUCCUGGCAUCACGGACAAAAGUGCAAAUUAAAGAAAUAAUCAAAGCUUACAAAGAAGAAUAUGGUUCUAACCUGGAAGAGGACAUCAAAUCAGACACAAGUGGCUACUUUGAGCGGAUAUUGGUUUGCCUCCUUCAGGGUGAGAGGGAUGAUCCAAGAUGCUAUGUGGAUUCAGCGAUGGUGCUUCAGGACGCACAGGCUCUUUACGCUGCUGGGGAGAAGAUACGGGGUACUGACGAAAUCCAGUUCAUCACCAUCCUGUGCACCAGGAGCGCCACCCACUUGCUGAGAGUCUUUGAUGAAUACCAGAAGCUCGCCAGUAAAAGCCUAGAAGACAGCAUCCGGAGUGAAACCCAUGGCUCGCUAGAAGAUGCCAUGCUGGCUAUUGUGAAAUGCACGAGGAACAUCCACAAUUACUUUGCAGAGCGGCUGUACCAUGCCUUGAAGGGGGCAGGCACUUGUGAUGGGACCAUCAUAAGGGUCAUCGUUUCCAGGAGCGAAAUUGACUUAAACCUCAUCAAGGCUGAGUUCCUAAAGAUUGCAGGCAAAUCCCUCUCCACCAUGAUUCUGGAGGACACGAGUGGCGAUUACAAGACAGCUUUGCUGAAUCUCUGUGGCAGUGAUAAAUGAAGAAAUCUGAAGGGAAAAGGCAAGAUAUUGAAAUGGAGGCAUGGAAAACAUUGGCAAUGAAUAAGUGUCUGGGAAUGGAUGUCUAGAAAAUCCCUAGCACUGAAUAAAGAGAAAAUGGAAAAUC